UGGGACUUUCAUGAACUGUAGUUUUCCUACUUUUCACAGGAACUAUUGCGCUUACGUGGUCCAGAAGAACAUCUCAUGUACGAUGCAAGAUGGAACAGCCACGUAUGUCAAAGCGGAAUAUAACAAGUGUUCAUGGGGACAGAAGUGCCCUGCUGUCAUCUACAGGACCUUCUACAAGCCCAAGUACAAAGUGGGCUACAAAACGAUCACUGAGCUCGAGUGGCGAUGCUGCCCUGGACAUUCGGGAGAAGGAUGCAUCGAGGGGCCCACUUCGCUCCCAGACAUGAUGAUGCCCCCGUUCAAAGGUUCCCUGCCACGGCCGCCUUUCAAAGGCUACCCCCACGGCCAUCCCAGAGUGCACCCAGACCAGACGUUGCUGCCCAGUGGCCACUUAGAGCCUGGGAAGCCCUUUCCUGCCGGCCCGCCGGACCACAAGUCCAUCCCCGCUGGCUACCUGCCUACUGGAAAUAUGAAAUCCAGUUAUGCCCACAAGUUGGUCGGUGUGACCGGUGAGCGUUUGGACCGCAUGGAGGAGGACCUGCGGAGUCUGUCUCAGCGCCUGGACACACUCAGUGGUCUGGUGUCUGGCUUGGAGGAGCGGCUGCGCCAGUCCCUGCGUGAGGACACCAACAGGAUGCUGGGAACGCUGCUGAACACUGCGCCCCGGCUGACCGACUCCUCCGUGGGAUUUGGCGUCAUCCCCGACGGCACGCCUGAUGGUCUCGAAGGCGGGGAGGGCUUCCCAAGCUUCGGCGACCUGGUCGGGAGGGUAACGGAGGUCAAGAAUGAGCUCCGAGGGAAGAGCGACAUGCUGGAUGAGAUACAAGGCAUGGUGUUGAGCCAUGACGGCCAGCUCAAGCAGCUGAUGGAGGACCUGGGCGGACACCCGGUACCCGGGGGCUCCCGGAAUGUCCUGGAGGAGCUGCUGGACACCCGACUGGCUGGCGUGCGAGCCGAGAUCCUGGAAGGCUUUGAGAAGCGGAUGACGGGCGUGGAGAAGCACUGCGAGGAGCGCAUGGGGCAGGUGCAGCAGCACUGCCACCGGGAGCAGUUAAGCGGUCAGGAGCAGAUGCAACAGUCCCUGGAUGGCAGAGAGACGGGCAUCAGGAAGGAGCUGGGAAACCUGCAGGCCCAGAUCCAGGGCCUGACGUUGACUGAGAGCUGCUGCGGUGAGGUUAUGGGCCUCACGCAGAGGGUGCUCCAUCUAGAGGAGUCUGUGAAGAGCCUGACAGAGUCCCAGAGGCAGUUCCAGACAGCGCUCAGCGAGCAGAGUGUCCACGUGGAGAACGUGCUGGAAGGCCGGAUGGACGACUUCGAGGGCAGGGUAAACGCCUCGGAGAGGGGCGCGUGUUCCUGCAAGGUCCUGCUGGACGAGAAGCUGAAAGUGCUGGAGGACCGGCUAUUUGUGGCUGUGGAGGAGCUGAGUAACGCCACGGCGCCGACCGUGCUGGAGGGGCAGGUGGUGCCGGCGCUGGAGACGGAAAUCGAGACGGUGCGGAGGAGGGUGGAGACGGGCCUGGACGGGGUCCAGAAGCAGCUGACCGAUCUGGAGCUCCUGUGCACCUCGUCCUGCUCCCCGAGCCCCGGAGAGGAGGUGGGCGAGAUCCACGCCGAGGUGGAGGAGUGCAAGGACCUGGAGAAGAAGGUGUGGGGGAGGCUAGACGCCCACUCGGAGCAGCUGGACGUGAUCAACAGCACCCUCCGGGGGCUUCUGACCCGGCUGGAGCAGGACGAGGCGGACGGCUCGGUCCAGGGCGAGAUCACGUUGCUGAAGAUCAACGUCAACUCCGUGAACCGCACGCUGAAGGGUCUCCGCGACUCGGUCAACCUGUUCGUACGGGAGGUGGCGCACGCCAACUCCUCCUGGCAGCGGCGCGAGGGCCGACUGGCCGGCCAGGUGCAGGGCAUCACGCAGCUGGUGGGGAGGCAGGCGGCCCAGCUGGGGGUCAGCGAGCGCCGCCUCAUCCAGCUCAAGGGGGAGCUGCAGAGCCUGGGCCGCCGGCUCGCCGGGGAGCUGCAGGGCUGCCGUAGCGCGGCGCUGGGCGUCCGGAAGGAAGUGGAGGAGGUGGACAGCCGGGUGACGCAGGUGGAGGGCCAGUGCGGCACCCUCGGGGAGCUGGCCGACGACCUGGAGAGGAUCCGCGGGGAGCUGGAGAGGUACUCGGACAGCUACCUCUCGCGGCUGAACGGGACCCUGUCGAGCCACACGCGCCAGCUGGCUGAGCUGAGAGACGGCCUUCAGGAGUGCUUGAGCAAGUCAGACCGCCGGGGAGACCAGUAGCUCUUGCCGCAGAGACACGCGAACACUUUCGGCCAUGUAGAUUACCGUGAUUUUGUUGACGUGUCACUGUAAAGGGGCAUUUCCUUCCAUCGGUUUAUUUGUUCCCAUGUUUUCUAUUGAGUUUAACUGACUUUUUUAACUUAUAUGAAGGAAAGGUGACUGCAUUGUUAAGUGUUAGAGGCGUCUGUAAAAUAAUAAAGCAAAGCAAAUGAUUUCAGACACUAAUAAGCUGCUACGGGUUUCUACUGGCGAGUCGAUUCUACUUUUUUGUAUGAUUUCUUUUCUUUCCGGGAUACUGUAUGCCAACAUCAGAGGUGCUAAUCUAUUGUAUACAUUUUUUUUUUUUACUGUCAAAAAAUGUUGGUUAAAAUGUAAAGUGUUUUCCUUCUUACUUGUUUGACUUCUUUAAACGGUAGCUGACUUCACUAAAAUAUCAGAAGGUAGCACAGUGUUUUAGGUGUGAUAGAACAAUUCAGAUUAAUAGUGUUCAAGUUCCAUAU